AAUUAAAAAAUAAAGAACGUGGAGUUUAUGCUUUUAUGGACCUAAACAUGGUGUUUAAACUUUACUUAGUCCACCCACAUCCACACCUCCUCAUCCAUUAAAAUCCCACAUCGCCUCGCCGGAAACUUCUAUUCUAUUCCUCUUCUAUAAAACCAUGUCGGCAGCAGUCGCCGCCGCUGCUGCCGCCGCCGCCGCCGCAGCUUCCAGGAGGUCUAAGGAAAAUACAACCCACUUCAGACAAUUCGCCGCCGCUUCUUACAACCGGCCGUCGUCGAGGUUUGAAGGAAAUUCCAGUCAUCCUUCUACAGUAGGGAAUAAUGAUCUCUACGAUUCAAAAAAAAGGUCUGAUUGGAACUGUUUCAUUCAAUAUCUCGAAAAACAUCAACCGGAGGUGGGUCUCAAUCGCUGCGGCGGCCCUGAAAUCGUGGAAUUUCUUCGGUCGGGAGAAUUUAAGGUUCAUUUGGAUAAUUGUCAGUUUAGGGGACAAUGUUUGUGUCCUGUUUGGGAUAGUCUUAAUGCAAUGGUGGAUCGUCUUCGGAGGAGCUUUACGGAGAAGAUUGGAUUCAUGGAAUCAAACCCGUUUUCUGAUGAAGCGGUGGAAAUCUAUUUGAUGGAAAUUAAGGAUAGAGAGGAGAAAAACAGAGGUGUUACUUAUGAUAAGAAAGAACAUUAUAAUCAAUUGGUAAAUAUUGCGCCGCCGCCACCGUCGCUACCGUCGUCACCGCCGCCGCCGCGGCAAGUAACUUCAUCCUCUACUUGUCCCCCACAAAUAAAACGUAGCUCUUGGUGGAACUGUUGUUGUUUUUCGGCUUAAUAGAAAAAGACUCAAAUUUUAUAUUUGGAUAUAUGUUAAACUACUUUAUAUUCUUUAAUACUAUUAUUUAACAUGUUUUUUCAAGGUUUAUUUAAAUUUAUUGCUUACAUAUAAAUAAAUUAUUGAUU